GUCCUCCUCCAUACCACCAAACUCUCUGUUUCUCUCGAUCGCUUCUCUUCUAUUUCCCCUAUCCCCUCUCUCUCUCUCUCUCGCUCAAAUUGUUCUUGGAAGUCCAUCAAUGGCGGGUCGUGGCAAAGCCUUGGGAUCCGGAGCCGCUAAGAAGGCCACAUCGCGGUCCAGCAAGGCCGGUUUGCAAUUCCCUGUCGGUCGUAUUGCCCGUUUCCUGAAAGCAGGAAAGUACGCCGAACGUGUCGGUGCCGGAGCUCCAGUCUACCUCGCCGCUGUCCUUGAAUACCUUGCCGCUGAGGUUCUGGAAUUGGCUGGUAAUGCUGCAAGAGACAACAAGAAGACUCGCAUUGUACCACGCCACAUUCAGCUUGCUGUGCGCAACGACGAGGAGCUCAGCAAGCUUCUUGGUGAUGUGACAAUUGCAAAUGGUGGUGUGAUGCCCAACAUUCACAACCUUCUGCUCCCAAAGAAGACCGGUGCCUCAUCCAAGAAUGUCGGUGGUGAUGAUGACUGAAAUGACAAUCGCUGCGGGAUUAAUGUGUUCCAUUUCAGAUUUAGUUCUGUCUGGUAGGUUAAAUUAGGUAAUUGUUUCUCUGUGUCUGGAAAUCGAGUCGGAUUUUAAAGUUAGGGUUGUAGUUUAGUAAUGUUUGUGAAUAUAAUUGUCUUCUUCUAGCUUCUUGAUAGAUAGAAGAGAUUGUGGGAGCUUCUUUUGCUUCUUUCUUUUUGGAUGUGUUCUUUGUGGGUUUACAUACUUAAUGACAGUGCUUCAAAUCAUAUGGUUCUUGUGCUGUAUGGUUUCACAACUUUCA